AUGUUGCAGAGUGAAGGGGACUUCACUGUGCUGACUCUCAACAUUUGGUUCGACCUGAAGCUGCGAGACGCCCGCACGCGUGCACUUCUUGAGGUCAUACGUUCAACGGAGCCUUCUGUGUGCUGCUUCCAAGAAGUUGUGCCUGAGGUCGCCGAGCAGCUGCGGAAGGCGCUGCCUAGUUGGCACUGCUCUGAUGAAAGCCCUGACAACGAGACCGUACAGCCCUAUGGAGUCAUGGCUUUCGUGCGGCCAGGAAUUGAGGUGGAGUUCCAGUUCCAUCCGCUGCCCACUGGCAUGUCCCGUCGACUGCUGCUUGUCAAAGUACCAAACCUCAUCAUCGGGACCGUCCACCUCGAGUCCUUGGGGAAUCCGCGUAUGCGAGAAGAGCAGCUGAAGAACUGCGCCAGCAUCCUUGCUCCCUUCAGCGAUGCAAUGCUGGUGGGCGACUUCAAUUUCGAUUCGGAGCGGAACUUCAAGCCUCCGCAUGAACCGCUGGAGAAUGCCGCGGUGGGCCUCCUCCAAGACUUCGUGGAUCUUUGGCCGGCCUUGCGGCCGGGUGAGGCGGGAAAGACUUUUGAUUCGAUGCUGAAUCCUUACAUCGGGGACUACGAGCAGAUGCGUUACGAUCGGGUCAUGGUCAAGCUUGGAGCUUGGAGGCCAACACAGAUCCAGCUCGUGGGUAAUGAGCCUCUGGAGCACCUGGUCACCCUGUCACCCUUGGAAGCGGACUGGAGCAUCCUCAGCCACUCGCUCGUGCUGCGGCUUUGGCACCAUGUGACCCGGAGAACCCACGAAGGUCGCCGGAUGAAAAGAGCCCUGGUGGCACGUGCUGCGGCAAGCCAGGCCACCCGGCUAGCGCUUGCUGUUUUGCUGCAAUGGGCCCGCUUGGCGGCAGAGUCGCGGAAGCGCGCGCAGCGCAGAGAUUUCGCGAACUGUCAGCUGCGGCUGCAGCGCCAUGGCGUGCUAAGCUUUGCAGUGCGUGCCUGGGCGCGCGUGGUGGAGAGAGAGGUCUUCGCAAACUGGGCUCGUGCCUGUGACAGGACUUUGGCGGUGGCCGCUUCUGCCUCG